AUGUACGAGGAGGAGAACGAGAAUGGUAAGCCAGCAGCAGAGACAUAUGAGAAUACAGAGCUUUACUCCAACGUCAAGGCUAUUAUGGGUGACGCCCCUGUCCUUCUGGAAGAGUCCAAGUGCACAGUGGUGAGGGAGGGAGUCCAGUGUGUUUGCAUGGCUACGGGUAACCCUGAGCCCAUCAUCGAGUUCUACCUCCCCGACAAGAACAUCACCAUCAACGACACGGACGGCCGCUACAACUACUACACGCACACGGACGGCCACACGUCCACGGGCAUGAUAAAACUACGGGAGAAGGGCGAGCGCCUGGGCAACGGUGCUGUCAAUGUGCACUGCAGCAUCAGCAACAUAUACGGGUCGGAGAGCUUUCAUCUGGAGUUACAGCAGGAGAAGAAGUACAUGAUGGCAGUGAUUGUUGGCACCAUCGGUGGAGUGGCUGUCAUCGCCUUCAUCAUCGCAGCAGUGAGAUAUGUGGGCCAUAACAACAAGAAAGAGAAUGGCAACCCUGGGCAGGACCUGGUCUCUAAACUGGAGAACCCAGCGUUGUACUACAGCACAGUCAAGAAGGACAAACAAUGUCUGAGGAAGAAAGUGCUUAAGACAGAGCUUCUGGGCUCAAAGUUUAACUCCAUUCUAGAGGAGAGCACGGGAGAAGACGGGGAUUAUCAACCUGUGGGCUCUAUGGCAGACCUGGAGAGGCAAGAGCUGAAUUACGCCGCCCUGCAGUUUCUCGGGGGGCGCUCCAGGGAUGGGGGGGCCUCAGGGAGGGGGGAUGACGGCAGCGACUACACCGAGAUCAAGGCCAAAUGAAUCGCGAUCCUUCCCUGACCCAUCGUCACCGCGGGACACAGUGGCAGCCAUGUUGUCGCCCCCCUCCUCACGUCAUUCGCCCCCUCUUCAAACGUCUUCCCCCCUCCCCCGUAGACUCCACCCCCAACCUUCACCGUCACACCAAGAACUCCCACCGUCUCCGCCCGUCCCUGAAUCAUCUCAAAUGACGUCCCCGUUAGUCGACCCCCAAGCCUCCAAGGGGAACCCCAGUCACAUCUCGCCACCCAGGACUGCUGGUAGCUACUUGCAGGGUCAGAACACGGCCCAGUGGACAAUGUAAAAAGAUCUUUGUAUUAUCAGCAGCUGUCGGUCUCCAGGCUCUUACUCUAUUGUUCAUAGUCAAACAAUUCCCUCACAACAGGUGCAAUGCGUUAGUUACUGUACUGUAUCAUCUAGAUUCAAUGUUGCUAUUUCCAUCUCUACACCAUUAAUUGUUGGCAUUGCUUUUCUGGGGCUCCCCUUCUGUAUGUCACCCUAUAUCAUACUCAUAGCUAGCCUGGUUAAACCAGAUUGAACGCUGAGCUCACCAGUUUUCCUGUGAAACGCAGCGCAAUCAGUUUGGAUACCAGGCUAACUGUCUAGAUCCAUCCGUUAUAGUUCUUCUCCACUGUGUCCGCUGCCAGUCGAAGUGUCAGGGAAAGGGGUGUGUUUUGUGCUUUUUCUUUUCUUAUCUCUAUUUCUGACCCUGGAUCUGGAGGAAAUGAGGGAUCUCUUCUCUCUUCCUGAUCCAGUGGUUGUCAACGCUGACCAGUGUUCAACAAACGUUAGGCCUGAUACACAUCCAAUUGAAGCCUGUCAUCUUCAUCUCACAUAUUCUGUUCCAACAUAUAGUUCAAUAGUGAUGUGUGCUGUGACUCUGUGGCUUUUGAUGAUGAUGAGAAAUGAAUAUUUCUUUGAUUUUAUAUAAAGAGAGAAAAUUGAUACUCUUACAGGUUUGUGGAGCCUCGAACACAAGGUUCUGCUCGUGCAAGAAGUGGCCUGAAUAUUUUUGUUUUUAUGCAUUAUAAGCACUGAUUGCAUUGUGUUUUGCUCUUGUGGAAAUAUGCCGGGGUAACACAGAAUGUUCUAUUUAUUCCGUUGCCCAUGAUUUAAUUACUAGUAUUUUUGGACGAUGUUUUGCUAAGGGUAAGUGUUAACUUAUCCUUAAAUGGGAACCAAUGGAUUAGAAUACAUUUUUGGAUCAAUCUGGCAUACAUGACUCCACUGUAACACUCGCACAGCAGGACAAAAUGUAUCUCGUUGAGACAAUGUGUGUGUGUGUGUAUGUAAACAGUGCUGAAAGAUCAGCGAACACUGAUCACUGUGGGUGUUUCAAAAGAUCACUUUACCUGAGACCGCUUCUCACAAAAUGUCUACGUCAAUGGUUGUGAAGUGUGAAAUCGAUGCCUAAUCCUAUAGGGUUGUAUCAGAGGAGGCAUUUGAGUGGCACAACAUUGAAGUUGUUAUACCAGUUGGUUGUGCUAUUCAAACAUACUUGAUCAACUCAUGUAAUGUAAUCUCCAAGCUCACUAAUGGCAACACUAGAUAACAAUGACUGUUAAUACAAUAUUAAUAAGCUGCAUAUGGAUGGGUAAAAGGAUACCUGUAUACAUUAUGUAAAUAAAUACCCUGCAUGACUAUUAUGCUGUCAGCCAUAUGUGUAGAUACACUACGGUAUGUACAUGCUCACUAUUGCAACAAUGGUUUACACAGGCAAGUCGGAUACAGGUUCGGUAACACUUUAACUGACUUCUCUGUCAUAAGGGUGACAUAACGCUGUCAUAACAUAACACAUGUCAUUUUCGGUCAUGUAAACUGAUGUCAAAAUACUGACAACCCUUUACACUGUCAUGACACAAAUGGGUAUUUAUGUAAAUUAGUUGGCUAGCGGUAUGCUAAGCCAAUAACCUGACUGAAGCAAAGAUUUGUGCCAUGACGGUGUCAAGCUUAUGUCAGCUGUCAUGACUGUUUAAUAACAUAUUUUAUGUCAUUGUUCUGACAUGGUUAAGUCACUAGACCUAAUGGCAGAGCGUUCAAGAUGUGUUGCCCAACAUUGAGACAUGCCAAUAUGGACAUCCGUUUAGUAACACUUACUGUCGUCAGUUCUCUUGAACGCCUCAUGGGGGGGUUUAUUUCUUUCUAAACCUGGGAACAAAAUGGAGAAGCGUUGUUCAUGUCUUCUCUAAUUUGUUUGUCACAUAGUGUGUUGUAAAGCAGAUUUGUACUUUCUUUACUUUGUGGUAUUCAUUAUUAUUAUUGUGAUGAUUUUUUUUUUAUAUCUUUGACACAAUAAUUCCGAUCAGAAUUCUGCAAUCCUUCUGCAAAUUAGCACUGUUAUUACUUAAUGACAAUAAGAGCUCUAUGAUGAUGUUUGAUCAUUCUCUUUCUUUUACAAGUCUGUCCCGCCUCAAGCAAAGCCAUCUUUCUUUGGGUCCAAACAACAAAUAAAUCAAGUAAACAA